AUGGAAGGUGAUCUUGUAGCCUGCAACAACCUCGAUGGUGUGAUGGCAGCCCUCAACAUUGUUCACGAUCCAGCAUUUCCAGUUUUAAAACCUGAUGUGAUCUCCCAGCUGGAACAAGGGGAAGAGCAUUGGGUCCUAGACCUCCAGCGUUCAGAGGAAAGAGAGAUCCUGAGAGCUCCCUGCACAGCAGGUGAUGCAAUGGUAUGUGAGAAAGAGGAGCAGAAUUCUCAGCAGGAAAAUGUUGAGCAAGUGGAUAAACACAGAGCAUUAUCACAAAGAUCGGAAAGGAAUGUGCCCAGGAGACAUGAGCAGGGAAAAUCCUGUGAGAUUCAGGAAAGACCAGAAAGAGAGCAGGGAAAGCAGCCAGGGGAGAAAGUGGGUAAAUGUAUUUCCUGUCAGGGAACUCAGAAGGACCUCAAGGAAACCACAACACAACAGGAUAUCGUCAGCGGAAAGAGAAAAAAUACAUGCACUGAGUGUGGAAACAACUUAUGUGAUUACUCCGUCUUUAUAAAGCAUCAGAGAAUCCACACAGGAAAGAGGUCCUAUGAAUGCAGUGAGUGUGGGAACACCGUCAAUUGCAGUUCGCACCUUAUUAGGCAUCAGAGAAUCCACACAGGGGAGAGGCCUUAUGAAUGCAGUGAGUGUGGGAAAAGCUUCAUUAGCAGGUCAGACCUUUCUAAACAUCAGAGAAUCCACACACGGGAGAGGCCCUAUGGUUUCAGUGAGUGUGGGGAAAAAUUCAAUCGCAGCUCAGUCCUUAUUAGGCAUCUGCGAAUCCACACAGGGGAGAAACCCUAUAAAUGCAGUGAGUGUGGGAAUACCUUCUCUUGGCACUUAGCCCAUGUUAGUCAUCAGAGAAUCUGCAAGGGAGAUCAACACCAUAGAAACCUCUAG